UCAACUCCUCAGGACCUUUUCUCUCCCUCUGUACCCAAUGCCGACCUUCUCUUCCCCUUAGCCCUCUUAGUGAAUGAUGGUUUAUUUAUUUCUAUAUGGAAGACAUAGCUGAAAGGGUUGAUUAGGAAAAUUGUUUUUGCUAAUUCCAUCACAUCGUGUAGGGAAAAGAUAGAACUUAAUUACUUAAUUGGGUAACAAGUAGAGAAAUACAGCAAUCAGACAAUAAAAUGAACAAUUACUUUUUUCCUUAAAAAAUUAUUGUAAGUCUGAGCUCAAUGAUACACAACUAGACCAUCAAAUUAUUUUCAUAUUGAGGAAAACAGAAACUCUUUUGGAUAACCCUGCAUUCCAGGCUUUUGGUGGAAAAGACAAAGACAUGCACUGUACAGCGUUAAGUACUUGGGAGACAUGAUUUUAACCAGGAUGUAACUCAAUUAUAUUAGUGACUUAUAAAGAGUCUGGAGAAAAUAUUUCUUUAUUUGAGCAUGGACACUGUCAGAUUAAAGGUGCAGUGGUUCUAAAUGCUGUUUGUUCCAGCCCUGUCUUCGAUUGCAACAAUGUGAGUGUCUUGUCUGUGCUGGUGGAUUAUUAACAGAGGUUAUUGGUCUCCAUGGCAAAGCGAUUGAAUGAUUGCUCUGAACGUAAUCUCAUUUAUGGGGGUGCAAAAAAAAAAGCACUUCAGGUCAGGGAGAAUGUAUAAAUGUCCGUCGCCAUCAAGGUUCUGCUAUUUUUUAGAAGCUGAAGCGACUCCAAGGACGCAGUUCAUAGAAAUUUGGUUCUCAGCCCCAAAAUACUGAUUGAAUUGGGCACAAUUACAAGGACUUUCUGGCCAAAAACCCUUGAAGAGGCCCCGUGAAGGAGGCAGUGAGGAGCUUUUGAUUGCUGACCUGUAUUGUACCACCCCAGCAUGUGCACUGGGGGCUGUGCCAGAUGCCUGGGGGGCACCCUCAUUCCCCUUGCUUUAUUUGGCUUCGUGGCUAACAUCCUGUUAUUUUUUCCUGGAGGAAAAGUGAUAGAUGACAACGACCACCUUUCCCAAGAGGUCUGGUUUUUCGGAGGAAUAUUAGGAAGCGGUGUCUUGAUGAUCUUCCCUGCGCUGAUGUUCUUGGGCCUGAAGAACAAUGACUGCUGUGGGUGCUGCGGCAACGAGGGCUGUGGGAAGCGAUUUGCGAUGUUCACCUCCACGAUAUUUGCUGUGGUUGGAUUCUUGGGAGCUGGAUACUCGUUUAUUGUCUCAGCCAUUUCAAUCAACAAGGGUCCGAAAUGCCUCAUGGCCAAUAAUACAUGGGGCUACCCCUUCCACGACGGGGAUUAUCUCAAUGAUGAAGCCUUGUGGAGUAAGUGCCAAGAGCCUCUCAAGGUGGUUCCCUGGAAUCUGACCCUCUUCUCCAUCCUGCUGGUCGUAGGAGGAAUCCAGAUGGUUCUCUGCGCCAUCCAGGUGGUCAAUGGCCUCCUGGGGACCCUCUGUGGCGACUGCCAGUGUUGUGGCUGCUGUGGGGGAGAUGGACCCGUUUAAACCUCUGAGAUAAGCUGCUCAAACUCUACAGCAUGAUGACUACAAUUUCUUUUCAUAAAACUUCUCUUCUUGGGAUUGUUAAUUCCUAUCUGCUUCCUAGCUGAGAAAGCUUAGAGAAGGCAGUUAUUCCUUCUUUCCAACCAGCUUUGCUCGAGUCAGAAUUUUGUUAUUUUCAAAUAAAAAUUAGUUUGGCCACUUAA